UUUCCUGCGGCAUCUCAUAAUCCAAACUCACUCGGAAAGUGGAUACGUUUUUCCCGCUUCCUUUACGAGACCUCACCAUUUCCUAAAGUUAUUUUCAGCCAAACAAUUAGCUACAGGAAAUCAGUUCCAGCCUACCAUGUCUGAACCAGGUUCUGGUUGUGGUGUUCCAGCCCAGAGAAGCUCACAGCGGGGUCCAGAGUUGCUGUCAGUGAAGCUGGGGGACUGCAGUCAAACAGUGGAACUCAAUGUGAUUGUCAAAGAGGAGGAGGAGGAGAGAGAAAUCAAUGAGGGGGAGCGAGAGGAGGACAAGGACUCUGUUGACUCAGGGGAGAUCCCCAACCCAGACACCGUCAACAAGUCCAGUUCCACAGCAUCAAGACUACCUGGGCAUGGGAGUUACUCGUGUCCUCAAUGUGAGAAGAGUUUCAGUUCCUCAACUAUUCUAAAGAAUCAUCAAAGAGUACACACUGGAGAAAAACCUUUUCACUGCUCUGCAUGUGAGAAGAGUUUCAGUGAGAAAGUAAACCUUAAGAGACACGAGAGAGUACAUAGUGGAGAGAAGCCUUACCACUGCACCCUAUGUGGGAAGAGCUUCAAUCAUUCUGGAAGCCUUAAGGAACAUCAAAGAGUACAUACAGGGGAGAAACCUUACCACUGCACUCUUUGUAGGAAGUAUUUCAGUCAGCCAGGAAGCCUUAAGAAACAUCAGAGAAUUCAUACAGGGGAGAAACCUUACCACUGCUCACAGUGUGGAAAGAAUUUUCGUUUCGCAGGAGACCUAAAGAGUCAUCAGAGAUCACACAGUGGAGAGAAGCCGUACCACUGUUCUCAGUGUGGGGAGGGAUUCACUCAGCUCAGGCGUCUUAAAAGUCAUCAGAGGAUACACAUUGGAGGGAAGCCUGUCUGUGCUAUAAAGGUGAUUGUCAAAGAGGAGGAGGUUGAGAGGGAAAUCAAAGAGGAGGAAAAGCGAGAAGUUGAGGAGGACAAUAGUGGUAUAGUUGACCCAGAUACAUCACCAUUACCUGGUUGUAGUCUUUACCCCUGCCAUCAAUGUGGAAAGAGUUUCCGUUCCUCAAGUAAUCUACAGAAUCAUCAAAAAGUACACACAGGAGAAAAGCCUUACCACUGCUCUGAGUGUGGGGAGGGAUUCACUCAGCUACUACGUCUUAAAAGCCAUCAGAGAAUACACAAUGGAGGGAAGCCUGUCUGUGCUUUAAAUGUGAUUGUCAAAGAGGAGGGGAGUGAGAGGGAAAUCAAAGAGGAGGAAAAGCGAGAAGUUGAGGAAGAGGAGGACAAUAGUAGUGUAGGUGACCCAGUUACAUCAAGACUAUCUGGUCGUGGUCGUUACCCAUGCCAUCAGUGUGGCAAGAGUUUCCGUUCCUCAAGUAAUCUAAAGAAUCAUCAAAGAGUACACACUGGAGAGAAGCCUUAUCACUGCUCACAAUGUGGGAGGGGUUUCAGUGAGAAGGUAAACCUUAAGAGACAUGGCAAAGUACAUAGUGGAAAGAAGCCUUACCACUGCACCCAAUGUGAGAAGAGCUUUAAUUAUUCAGGAAGCCUUAAGGAACACCAGAGAAUACAUACAGGGGAGAAGCCUUACCACUGCUCUCUUUGCGGUAAGAGUUUCAGUCAGCCAGGAAACCUUAAGAAACAUCAGAGAAUACAUACAGGGGAAAAGCCUUACCACUGCUCUCUUUGCGGUAAGAGUUUCAGUCAGCCAGGAAACCUUAAGAAACAUCAGAGGGUACAUACAGGCGAGAAGCUUUACCACUGCUCUCAUUGUGGGGGGGGUUUCACUCAGCUAAGAAGUCUUAAAAGUCAUGAGAAAAUACAUAUUGGAGGGGAGCCUGCCUGUGCUUUCAAUGUGAUUGUCAAGGAAGAGGAGGAGGAGGAGGAGGAGGAGGAGAAGGAGGGAGAAAAGAAAGAAGUUGAGGGAGAGGAGAAUGACGUGAAAUAAAGGUGAAGUGAGGAUACAUAAGCGAACUCGGUAGGUAUUGAAAUUCACACCUAUCCUUGCAAUUGCAUAUUCUGUGACAGCAUGGUCAUGGGCAGCACCAUUUGAGUUUUAAAUCAGUAAGGGCUUUCCUGCACAACUGUAAAACCUGACUGUAGCCUUGUCACAGCCAGGUCAGCAGUCGGGGUAAUUCCGUAACCUAAUAGCAUCGUCUGUAUUUAGAUGAGAUCGAGACAAGAUCAUUAACAACUAUAGUGGUUGCUGUAAUAGUGCUAUGCCCAGGCCUAAAGCCUGAUUGGUUUACAUUAACAAUACAUGUCUCAUUGUAAACCAGGUUGCCUGUCCGGGCCUAAGCCUGUGUUCCUGGCCUUGACCCAAGCAUCAUUUAUUUUAUGAAUUACUUCUGAACAGGAUACCACCUAAUGUGCUGCAGUGUGUACAGUCUGAACAGGAUACCACCACCUAAUGUGCUGCACUGUGUACAGACUGAACAGGAUACCACCUAAUGUACUGCAGUGUGUACAGUCUGAACAGGAUACCACCUAAUGUGCUGCAGUGUGUACAGUCUGAACAGGAUACCACCUAAUGUGCUGCAGUGUGUACAGUCUGAACAGGAUACCACCUAAUGUGCUGCAGUGUGUACAGUCUGAACAGGAUACCACCUAAUGUGCUGCAGUGUGUACAGUCUGAACAGGAUACCACCUAAUGUACUGCAGUGUGUACAGUCUGAACAGGAUACCACCUAAUGUACUGCAGUGUGUACAGUCUGAACAGGAUACCACCACCUAAUGUGCUGCAGUGUGUACAGUCUGAACAGGAUACCACCUAAUGUGCUGCAGUGUGUACAGUCUGAACAGGAUACCACCUAAUGUACUGCAGUGUGUACAGUCUGAACAGGAUACCACCACCUAAUGUACUGCAGUGUGUACAGACUGAAGAGGUACAAAGCCAAAGUUGGUGAUUUACUGCUACCUGCAGUUAUGGAACGUUAGCUCAGGACUAUAAUUCAUUGGUUGACUCCUCCUCCUGACCUCCUCCCGACCUGGAUGGAAUUAUACGACCUGGAUAUAGUGCACUACAUUUGACCAUGAUUUUGUAAUGAGAUGUUGACGAGCAGGUGUCCACAUACACUACAUCGGUUACCACGACACCGGUUACAAAAAUAUCUUCCUUUAUCUUUUUUUAUAAUUUUCACAUAUGUUGAUUUUGGGGUGGUGCUGGAGAUGAUGAAUAUGUAGUCGAAUGUUUUUUGAAAUGUCCCUUUAAAGGUACUUAUGCUCAUGUACACGACUAACAUUUAAAUGUAAAACAGUUCACAGUAGCAUAAUCUAUAUUUGACUUGAGCUGAAUGCUGGGGCUGAGUCUAUAUGUAGUAUAUACAGUGGGGCAAAAAAGUAUUUAGUCAGCCACCAAUUGUGCAAGUUCUCCCACUUAAAAAGAUGAGAGGCCUGUAAUUUUCAUCAUAGGUACACUUCAACUAUGACAGACAAAACGAGAAAAAAAAAUACAGACUAUCACAUUGUAGGAUUUUUAAUGAAUUUAUUUGCAAAUUAUGGUGGAAAAUAAGUAUUUGGUCACCUACAAACAAGCAAGAUUUCUGGCUCUCACAGACCUGUAACUUCUUCUUUAAGAGGCUCCUCUGUCCUCCACUCGUUACCUGUAUUAAUGGCACCUGUUUGAACUUGUUAUCAGUAUAAAAGACACCUGUCCACAACCGCAAACAGUCACACUCCAAACUCCACUAUGGCCAAGACCAAAGAGCUGUCAAAGGACACCAGAAACAAAAUUGUAGACCUGCACCAGGCUGGGAAGACUGAAUCUGGGUAAGCAGCUUGGUUUGAAGAAAUCAACUGUGGGAGCAAUUAUUAGGAAAUGGAAGACAUACUGAUAAUCUCCCUCGAUCUGGGGCUCCACGCAAGAUCUCACCCCGUGGGGUCAAAAUGAUCACAAGAACGGUGAGCAAAAAUCCCAGAACCACACGGGGGGACCUAGUGAAUGACCUGCAGAGAGCUGGGACCAAAGUAACAAAGCCUACCAUCAGUAACACACUACGCCGCCAGGGACUCAAAUCCUGCAGUGCCAGACGUGUCCCCCUGCUUAAGCCAGUACAUGUCCAAGCCCGUCUGAAGUUUGCUAGAGAGCAUUUGGAUGAUCCAGAAGAAGAUUGGGAGAAUGUCAUAUGGUCAGAUGAAACUAAAAUAUAACUUUUUGGUAAAAACUCAACUCGUCGUGUUUGGAGGACAAAGAAUGCUGAGUUGCAUCCAAAGAACACCACACCUACUGUGAAGCAUGGGGGUGGAAACAUCAUGCUUUAGGGCUGUUUUUCUGCAAAGGGACCAGGACGACUGAUCCGUGUAAAGGAAAGAAUGAAUGGGGCCAUGUAUCGUGAGAUUUUGAGUGAAAACCUCCUUCCAUCAGCAAGGGCAUUGAAGAUGAAACGUGGCUGGGUCUUUCAGCAUGACAAUGAUCCCACACACCCACGCCCGGGCAACGAAGGAGUGGCUUCGUAAGAAGCAUUUCAAGCUCCUGGAGUGGCCUAGCCAGUCUCCAGAUCUCAACCCCAUAGAAAAUCUUUGGAGGGAGUUGAAAGUCCGUGUUUCCCAGCAACAGCCCCAAAACAUCACUGCUCUAGAGGACAUCUGCAUGGAGGAAUGGGCCAAAAUACCAGCAACAGUGUGUGAAAACCUUGUAAAGACUUACAGAAAACGUUUGACCUCUGUCAUUGCCAACAAAGGGUAUAUAACAAAGUAUUGAGAGAAACUUUUGUUAUUGACCAAAUACUUAUUUUCCACCAUAAUUUGCAAAUAAAUUCAUAAAAAAUCCUACAAUGUGAUUUUCUGGAUUUUUUUUCUCAUUUUGUCUGUCAUAGUUGAAGUGUACCUAUGAUGAAAAUUACAGGCCUCUCUCAUCUUUUUAAGUGGGAGAACUUGCACAAUUGGUGGCUGACUAAAUACUUUUUUGCCCCACUGUACUAGGGCUGAGUCUAUAUAUAGUAUAUACUGGGGGCUGAGUCUAUAUAUAUAUUAUAUACUGGGGGCUGAGUCUAUAUCUAUUAUAUACUGGGGGCUGAGUCUGUAUAUAGUAUAUACUAGGGCUGAGUCUAUAUAUAUUAUAUACUGGGGGCUGAGUCUAUAUCUAUUAUAUACUGGGGGCUGAGUCUGUAUAUAGUAUAUACUAGGGCUGAGUCUAUAUAUAUUAUAUACUGGGGGCUGAGUCUAUAUCUAUUAUAUACUGGGGGCUGAGUCUGUAUAUAGUAUAUACUAGGGCUGAGUCUAUAUAUAUUAUAUACUGGGGGCUGAGUCUAUAUCUAUUAUAUACUGGGGGCUGAGUCUGUAUAUAGUAUAUACUAGGGCUGAGUCUAUAUAUAUUAUAUACUGGGGGCUGAGUCUAUAAAUAGUAUAUACUGGGGGCUGCGUCUAUAUAUAGUAUAUACUGUGGCUGAAUGUCCCAAAUGGCGCACAAUUCCCUCUGUAGUGCACUACAUUUCACCAUGGGCCCUAUUCUGUAGUGCACACAUUUGACCAUGCACCCUAUUCUGUAGUGCACUACAUUUGACCAUGGGCCCUAUUCUGUAGUGCACUACUUUUGACCAUGCACCCUAUUCUGUAGUGCACUACAUUUGUCCAUGGGCCCUAUUCUGUGGUGCACUACAUUUGACGAUGGGCCCUAUGGGCUAUUCUAUUGAAUACAAAAUAAGUCCAUAGACUCCAGUAGAAUUCAGUUGUGGAUAUUUUUUAUACAUGAUUAAACUCAGUAGAAGGGCUGGUUUGUAUUGACAUCAAGUCUAUUGUUAUUUCAUGAUCUGGAUGGAACCUGUGUUUAAAACAGGGUUUUGAACCUGAAAGUAUUUUCCAAUCGUUUCGUUCUGAACAGAACCGUUAUUGUUUUUUUGUUCCAUUCCAGCAAAGUAAAGUUCUGAACCGGUUCGAACCAUGACGCGCUCGGCAUCUUGUUGUUAUGACGUGUAUUAUCUGAAUUAGGCCCACGGAAGUAUACCUACGGAGGAGCGGCUUCUAUGGUGAAACUUUGAAUAUCUUUGAACUUCAGAGAGAUGGCUUUAACUAACGUUGGACCAGAACUAUCCCUUAAUCAUGACUCUCAGUUCUAUUACAGUACAGAUAAUGCCUCCUAGAGUUUUGGAAAUCUAGACCAGCUAGCUAGCUAACAAGCUUGUGUGUGCAGAGCCGCACCAGAAUUAAAAUAAAAACACGUCUUACCUUUUUUGUAGUUAAUGAAUCCAAUGUGAAACGUGAUAACUAUAGUAUCCUUAACUAGCAUUGAAAUAGUUGAUUAAUGAUCUCUAAUUAAACCUCUCUCUCCGUAAUGUCUGAAUCACGCCUGUAAUGUCAGUAGCUACAGUAGACUAUGCAUGCUUCAGUGGGAGGGGAGGGGGAAUGUAGCCUACACACACACUGGCAAAGAGUUUCAGCAGGCAGACACUGGAAUACAUUUCUGAGUGCAUAGGGACUGGAAAAAAAUGCCUGGAAUGUAAAAUAACAUUAUUAACCAGUUCCCAUGCUUUUAAAAUAACUGUUCUGUUCCGGAACAGUAUAGAUCCCUUUUGUUGUCAGUUCUGGUUCUGUUCCUUGAAAUUCCGGUUUUCUUUUCUGUUCCAUGAACUGGUUCCAACCCCUUGUUUAGAAUAUUGUAAAGUAUCCAUUAAUUAAAUAAUAAAUGCUAACAAACUGUAA